GCGGGGGGCGGGGCUGAGGAACUGACGUUGCGCGCGCAGCCUUGGUGAUGGCAAGUGACAGGCGAAGAGGAGAGGACGCGUCGAAAGUUUUCCGUCGGAGAAAAGGACCACAGUUAGCAUCGUGUCGUCGACUGACGGCGACUUGACGUUUGAAAGCCACGCCGCGGUCGUCUCCGUGAGUUUCCAGGUGGUGUUCGUCGAAGAAAACCGACACAAGUUCGACUAAAUUCGUAGCGUCGCCGAAGCGGAGCAACGAUGACGAACAGGGAGGACGAGUACGACUACCUGUUUAAAGUGGUUCUGAUCGGAGACUCCGGUGUGGGCAAGAGCAACCUGCUGUCCCGCUUCACCCGCAACGAGUUCAACCUGGAGAGCAAGAGCACCAUCGGGGUGGAGUUCGCCACCCGCAGCAUCCAGGUGGAGGGGAAGACCGUCAAGGCGCAGAUCUGGGACACGGCGGGCCAGGAGCGAUACCGAGCCAUUACGUCAGCGUACUACCGCGGAGCCGUCGGAGCGCUGCUGGUCUACGACAUCGCCAAGCACCUGACCUACGAGAACGCCGAGCGCUGGCUGAAGGAGCUGCAGGACCAUGCCGACAGCAACAUCGUCAUCAUGCUCGUGGGCAACAAGAGCGACCUGCGCCACCUGAGGGCGGUGCCCACAGACGAGGCCAAGGCCUUUGCAGAGAAGCACGGCUUGUCCUUCCUGGAAACGUCGGCGCUGGACUCUUCUAACGUGGAGCUGGCGUUCCAGACGAUUCUGACAGCCAUCUACAACAUCGUGUCACAGCGGCAGAUGUCCGGCCGGGCCGACGGCGACUUUUCCCCUGCCUCCAAUGUGGUUCCCAUCAGCGUGGAGCCCACCCAGACCUCGUCCAGUAAGGGCUCCUGCUGCCAGACCAACUGAGACUUCAGCGCCGACCUUCUCCGUCACGUCCAGAAGACCAGAGGACACUGGGAGGGGGAGGGGUGCGGAGACGGGUAGACGGACUCUCUCAGGCUUAGAGAAAGUGAAGAGGAGGAGCAGGGAUGGUAAAGAGGCGUUAGAUGAGCGGACAGGAAGUGUGAGGAGUGAAUGGGCGGGAUGAAGGUGAGCCCCUCCCACCAUCGAAACAGCUACAUCAUCAGAAACAAUACAACAUCAAACUUGACGCCCUUUUUCUGACUGAUCUUUUCUAUUUGUCUUCCAUUAAGAGGGUUGGAGGACGUACCAACAAACGGUUACAAUAUUUAUAAAUAUAGAUUUAGACUUACACACAGACGUGUUACAAACACAAUCAGACUUUCAUACACAUGCACACAUAUAUAGGUAUGUGUACAUGUGCAUUCAGAUGUAUUGAUGUAUUGACAGACGUUCAGGUGGAUGCAUGUCUAGAAAUACAGAUGUAAAGACAUAAAAACAGACAUUCAAACAGACGUGCAAUCAGACAGAUGUGGGUUACGAUAUAAAGAUGGAAGUUGAGAAGAGUGUACAAUCAGACAUACAGGCAGACAUACAAUCAGACAUACAGGCAGACAUACAAUCAGACUUACAGUCAGAUGUACUAUCAGACAGAAGUAAAGACAGACAUAGGUUCAGAUAUACAGACAUAAAGACAAGUUAAGAAUGAUCUAUAGUACAAUCAGACAUACAGUCGGUCAGACUUACAGUUGGACGUUCAGUCAAACAUACAAUCAGACACUCUGAAAGACGCACAAUCAGAAAGACGGUCAGACCUUCAAUCGGAUAUACUAUCAGAUAGAUGGAAAGACGGACGUAGGUUCAGAUAUACAGACGUACAGAGAUAAAGACAGAAGCUCAGAGGGACGUACAGUCGGAUAGUUGGUCAGACGUAUGAUCGGACGUUCAAUCAGACAUACAGACAGACACACAAUCAGACGUACGAUCGGGCAUUCAAUCGGAUUUACUAUCAUACAGAUGUAAAGACAGACGUAGGUUCAGAUCUACAGACAUACAGACAGAAGGACUUGCAGUACAGUCGGAUAGUUGGUCAGACGUAUGAUAGGACGUUCAAUCAGACACUCAGACAGACACACAAUCAGGCGUACGGUCGGACGUUCAAUCGGAUGUACUAUCAGACAGAUGUAAAGACAGAUAUAGACGAUAUGUCAUAUAGACCUACAGACAUCGUGACACAAGUUCAGAAGGACGUACGGUGCAAUCGGACAUACAAUCGGACAGUUGGUCAGACAAACCGUCAAACAUACAGACAUUCAGACAAACGCACAAUCAGACAUACAGUCGGAUGUACUACCAGACAGAUGUAAACAUGUACAGACAUACAAUCAGACAGACAAACAACCAGAUGUACUAUCAGACAGACCUACAGUCAGACAUCCAGACAGCUGUAGUUUCAGACAUAAAGACAGACAUACAGUCAGACGUAAACAAAGACGAUCUGAAAUGUUCCUUCGCCACUUUUUCUAGAUCAGAAUGUUCAGCUGCUCAUCUGCGUUCAUGCAGACUUGGAUCAAUGUUUGGGUUCUGAGGGGUUUUCUGUGUGUUUAUGUGCUGGAAGGGGUCGGUCUGACCAUACGGGGCGGCUUAGGGCACCCCCACCCCCCUUCCAACAGCGCCUUCUUGCCUCCCUGGCUCUCCUCUGGAUGAGUCAUGCCGGGCUGCAGAGCUGCCCCUGUCAGUCGGUGAGCGGCGCUCCUGACCCCCCCUCGCCCCCAUCUCAACCUUUGAGGCAUCAAGGGGGCGAUUCCAGGGUGCCUUAAACGCAUGCACAACACUACUGCUGCUGCUGCCUUCUAGCUUGAAUGGAUGUUUGAUGGGAUGAUGUAGUGGAGUGGGGGGGGGGCAGAGCCCUACUCCUGUGGUCUCUGAUGCUGAGACGGCUUGUUUUACUGUAAAUGAAAUCCUGCGCUGCCUGCUGUCUGUCUGCGUGGAACUGGAACAAGACUCUGCCUGCUGGGAUCUCCCCGAGGUCUGCCCGCGCUCUCACUCGUCUUUGUUUCCUGUCAGGGCUGGGGAGGGGGGGCGGGCGGCGUUCAGCAGCCACGUUGGGGUUGGUUAGGAUCUAAUAGUUUAAUAGAUGAGGAAAGGGAGCGAGUGGUGGCGUCAGGAGGGGGCUGGAGCGCGUCCAAAGGUUACGGACACACAGAUGGUGUUUCCACAUCAACGCUGACCGCCGACGAACACGAGACAUAACCUGGGGGGGGCUGUGGGUUCGGGCCUUUUUAACCUUUAUUCUAACAUAUGUAUAUCCGGACUGCACGUGUACAAAUAAAUCUCCUUUGUUACAGA